AUGGGUCAUAUGCCAGGCUUAUUAUUGACUGUAUUGGCUGUUGUAGCGUUCUUUAGUGUUUCGGCAGAUGUUGUAAUGUAUACUGUCACUUUUGUUCCAUGUGUUUUGAAUUCAAGCUGUCCUGAAGGAAAUCCAUCUCGCUUCAAUCAGACUUUCGCUGUGAAUGGUAUCAUCAGUCCAAAGCUAUAUUUACGCGUUGGUGAUAAAUUAGUAUUUAAUUUGGCCACAAAUGUUCCAAUUCACCCGUUAUCAAUCUGCCGACACAGUCCAUUACCCAAAUUCUGCGCUGGAGCCAAUGGUACUAAUCUACUCAAUACUCCAAUUACUGUAGAAGGUGAUUGUACUUCUUUUAAUUUCACUACCGCUGGCACUUAUUAUUAUGGAUGCAAUUAUCAUCCUGGAAUGGGCGCUACGAUUAUUGUAUUCCCAACUAGUACUGAUAGUUCAUCAUCAUCAGCCCAUUCCUCGGCUGGUAGCAGUUCAAUACCGGUAUUGAAAGCGCGUACUCGCGUUGAAUAUCAGUAA